CCCACGUAUUACAGUAAAACAAAACAACUCUUGGAAAAUCUCCCUUCAAUAGAGCAUGCUGGGAAAUAUUAUAUAUGGUUCUAUGUAAAACCAUUCUUGCCUUCCAAAACAAUCACCCAAGAACCCUUUCCUCCAGAAACAAUUCUUAGGAUGUUCAAGGUUCUAGGUAGAACCCUUCGCCUUCCAAAAAGGGAUCUUCUGAUCAAAACUGUUCUAGGUAGAACCCUAAUCCCACCGCAAAAGAAUCCUUUUGGAACCCGUUUUUCUAAGAGUCUGACUGUUGACAUGUCCCUCUUUGUCUCUAUCUCCAGCUGGACGAGGAUCUCCAUCCCCUUACCCAACGCUGCCCUGACUGAGAACACCCAGUUCCGUUGGAGACAGGGUGGCAUGGGAGCUGGCAACAUGUGGGCCAUAGACAACGUGUACAUCGGUCCAUCCUGCCUUCGUUUCUGCUCUGGAAGAGGACACUGCUCCCGUACCGGCUGCAAGUGUGACCCAGGGUUUAGUGGUCCAGCCUGUGAGGCUGGCCUCCCAGACGUUCCCUGGCCUUCCUGUCAGAGGCUUCUCAGUCCCAGACUCUCCUCCUAUCACAGUACCUCCAGUUCACUCUGCGUCUUGGCAGUCGUAGCAUCCUUUAGUUCCUGUCCUGCCCCUGACCAAAUCAGGAGAGGAGUCCUGCCUGCAUUACUCUUCAGACAACAGCAUCACCUGGACCCUCCAUGCAGCACUACGCUUACCAGGCCUUCCACGCACCCAGGUACCCACACCCUUAAUGGUUACCAGGCUUCCACGAACCCAGGUACCACACACUACGCAUACCAGGGCUUCCACGAACCCAGGUACCACACCCUUAAUGGUUACCAGGCUUUCCACGAACCAGGUACCACACCCUUAAUGGUUACCAGGGCUUCCACGAACCCAGGUACCCACACCCUUAAUGGUUACCAGGGCUUUCACGAACCCAGUACCACACCCUUAAGGUACCACACCCUUACUGGUUACCAGGGCUUCCACGAAACCCAGGUACCACACCUUAAUGGUUACCAGGGCUUCACGAACCCAGGGUUACCACAACCCAUUAACUGGAAUACCAGGGCUUCCACGAACCCAGGCUACCACAGACUUAAUGGUUACCAGGGCUUCCACGAACCCAGGUACCACAAUUUAAUGGUUACCAGGCUUCCACGCAAACCAGGGUACCACAGGACUUUAAUGCGUUACCAGGGCUUCCACGAACCCAGGUACCACACCCUUAAUGGGCCUCCAUCGAACCCAGGGUACCACACCCUUAAUGGUUACCAGGGCUUCCACGAACCCAGGUACCACACCCUUAAUGGUUACCAGGGCUUCCACGAACCCAGGAUCGUAUCAGUGGAGCUCCCUCCCGGUGCCCGUAAGUUUGGGGUGCAGUUCCGUUGGUGGCAGCCGUACCAUUCUGGGCGUGGCCAUGACGUGUGGGCAGUGGAUGACAUCACGAUGACCUCUGUGCUGUUCAACACCAUCAGUCUGGACUUCAGUAAUGUCCUGGACGUCACUCAGAGUCUGGGCUUCUACCUUGGACACGUUCAACCCUACUGCCAGCACGACUGGACACUCAGUUUCUCAGGCGAGCCCAGCCCCGGGUCCAGUAUCCGUUAUGUGGAGACCCAGUCCAUGCAGAUCGGAGCGUCCUACACCCUGCAGUUUUCAUUGGUCAUGGGCUGCGGCCGAGACCCCUCCCCCAACAUCGACACGCAGGUCCGCCUGGAGUUCUCCACCAAUCACGGCCUGACCUGGCACCUAGUCAAAGAGGUGAGGAAGGAGGGAAAUGUAACUCAUGAUCAACCAUAUGGGGCUACUGACAGUCUUGGAAUUUGGCAGACGUGCUCAGGG